GGGCUACAGUUGGCACUUCUCAGGGCUUACACCUAGCUCUGUACUGAGGAAUUAUUCCUGGUGAUGCUCUGGAGAUGAUACCAGGGAUCAAACCCUGGUGAACUGCAUGCAAAGUAUGAGAUUUUUCUCAGGGCUGGAACAGUAGCACAGCAGGUAGGGCAUUUGCCUUGCACAUGGCCAACCUGGGUUUGAUUCUUCUGUCCCUCUCCGAGAGCCUGGCAAGCUACCGAGAGUAUCCUGCCUGCACAGCAAAGCCUGGAGUUUGACAAGAAACCGAAGUUUUGGUCAGACAUUUUGAAUUUGAAAUCAGACAUGUGCUAGAGUUUAGAUUCCUUCAUUUGCUUAAGGUAUGGUCUGAAUAUGCGUUGCUUGGCAGCUCGGGUCAACUAUAAGACUUUGAUUAUCAUCUGUGCACUCUUCACUUUGGUCACAGUACUUUUAUGGAAUAAAUGUUCCAGCGACAAAGCAAUCCAGUUUUCUCGACACUUGAGUGGUGGCUUCCGAGUGGAUGGCUUCGAGAAGAGAGCUGCAGCAUCAGAAAGUAACAGCUAUGUGAACCACCUGGGCAAGCAGCAAUCUGACGAGGCGUUUCUGCAGGAGCAGCAGAAGGCACCACCUGUCGUUGGAGGCUUCAAUAGUAAUGGGGGGAACAAGGUGUUGGGGCUCAAAUAUGAAGAAAUUGACUGCCUCAUAAAUGAUGAACACACAAUCAAAGGGAGAAGAGAAGGAAAUGAAGUCUUUCUGCCGUUCAGUUGGGUCGAGAAGUAUUUUGAUGUUUAUGGAAAGGUGGUUCAGUAUGAUGGCUAUGACCGGUUUGAAUUCUCUCACAGCUAUUCCAAAGUCUAUGCACAGCGAGCCCCUUACCACCCUGAUGGUGUGUUUAUGUCAUUUGAGGGCUACAAUGUGGAAGUUCGAGACAGAGUCAAGUGUAUAAGUGGGGUUGAAGGUGUACCUUUAUCUACACAGUGGGGCCCACAAGGCUAUUUCUACCCAAUCCAGAUUGCACAAUAUGGGUUAAGUCAUUACAGCAAGAAUCUGACUGAGAAACCUCCUCACAUAGAGGUUUAUGAAACCGCAGAAGACAGAGACAGAAACAGCAAGCCUAAUGACUGGACCGUGCCAAAAGGCUGCUUUGUGGCGAGUGUGGCUGAUAAGUCUCGAUUUACAAAUGUCAAGCAGUUCAUUGCUCCAGAAACCAGUGAGGGUGUAUCCUUGCAACUGGGUAACACAAAAGAUUUUAUUAUUUCAUUUGACCUCAAGUUCUUGACAAAUGGGAGUGUGUCUGUGGUGCUAGAGACCACGGAGAAGAAUCAGCUCUUCACAGUACACUAUGUCUCCAACACCCAGCUGAUUGCACUGAAGGACAGAGACAUCUACUACGGCAUUGGGCCCAGGACCUCCUGGAGCACAGUCACCAGGGACCUGAUCACUGACCUCAGGAAAGGAGUGGGGCUCUCCAACACGAAAGCUGUUAGGCCGACCAAAAUCAUGCCCAAGAAGGUGGUCAGGCUGAUCGCUAAAGGGAAAGGCUUCCUCGACAACAUCACCAUCUCCACCACAGCACACAUGGCUGCCUUCUUUGCGGCCAGUGAUUGGCUGGUAAGGAACCAGGAUGAGAAAGGUGGCUGGCCAAUCAUGGUAACCCGUAAGUUAGGGGAAGGGUUCAAGUCUUUAGAGCCAGGGUGGUACUCGGCCAUGGCCCAAGGACAAGCCAUCUCGACCCUAGUCAGGGCUUAUGUGCUAACAAAGGACCACUUAUUCCUCAAUUCAGCUUUAAGGGCGACAGCCCCUUACAAAUUUCUCUCCGAGCAGCAUGGAGUCAAAGCUGUGUUCAUGAAUAAACAUGAUUGGUAUGAAGAAUACCCAACCACCCCUAGCUCUUUCGUUCUAAAUGGCUUUAUGUAUUCUCUCAUUGGACUGUACGACUUAAAAGAAACCGCAGGGGAAAAACUGGGUAAAGAGGCGAGGUCCUUAUAUGAGCGGGGCAUGGAGUCCCUGAAGGCCAUGCUACCCCUCUAUGACACUGGCUCAGGGACCAUCUAUGACCUCCGUCACUUCAUGCUCGGCAUCGCCCCCAACCUGGCGCGCUGGGACUACCACACCACCCACAUCAAUCAGCUUCAGCUCCUCAGCACUAUCGACGAGGCCCCCAUCUUCCGAGAGUUUGUCAAGAGAUGGAAAAGCUACCUUAAAGGCAGCAGGGCAAAGCACAACUAGCGCUCACAGCCAAAACCGUAUUGCAGCCUCUGCUGGAGGCACAGACCUCAGGCUCACUGUGGGCAGAGCGGAGAUACACUCUCAGAAGCUGGCCGGCAGGAGGUUGUGGAUUAUGUUGUGGGGACGAGUGAUCCUUAAAACCAGCCUUCUGAGAUCAUUGCAUUCCGUGGGUUGGGUGGUUGGAAAUGUAGCUGGCAACUAGAGUGGGUUCUGUCGGCGGCUGAACCAGAGAUGCUUGGCUUUGCCCCGUGCAGGUCCAUGGCUAGUCGGAUCCCUCUUGUUUGAGAAGGGGCUUGGGUAAGGAGUUGUUGCUAUUCCUGAACACAAUCUGGGGCUCUUUUAAAAUGUGAUUAUUUAUAUCUCUGUUGAAAGCAGACAUUAAGAGAAUAAUGUGCUGUGAUCCAGUAAAUAUGUGCUCAUAGCCUGAAGAGUGGACUGUGUGCAACUAUUCAAAAUGAUGAUGUUUCUUUUCUAUAGAUUUCCUUUCUUGAGAGCAAAUGAGCAUUUGGUGCAUCUGUUCAAUUUGUUGUGUAUAGAGAAUACUUUGAAUUUCUGUUUUUCUGAAUAUGUGUGAUUUAAAAACACAGCCAGGUUCAGGCUUCACAUUAUAUAAUGUAAGCACAACUAACGUGAAGCUUGUUGACUGCACAAGAAACGACAAAAAUGGUAACUGUUGUAUGAAACUUGAUCUACAAUCAGAAAGGUUUGAUAGUCUAUCCCUCCCUGCCCCCACCCCCUGCUGUGAUGGUUUCUUUUUUGUAGAAAUUUGUGUUUCAUUCCAGAUGACACUUAAAAAGUUUGUGUGUUGUGAGGGGGGGGAUGCAUUUGAGGGGACAUUAUUUGGAAAUUUUAUUAAAAACAGAUUUGGGGAGGAGCUAGCUAUUUUGAUAAACCUAUCACCACUGCCCUUUGAGCCUUUUUUUUUUCACCUCUCGAAAAAGAAUAGAUCACAUAUUAUGUACAAGAAUCAUCGCAGGGUUUUCUGGCUUGGAUUAUUCUUGAUCAUCAAGCCAUUGACCUUAUGCAUCACUUUCUCCUUACAAUUUUAAGUUAUUUCAACUAUUGGAUGAAAGUGAUGCUACUGUGUUGCUGUGUGUGAAAUCAGAUCUUUAUUGGGCUUUUAGAAUCCACUAUACCCCCCAUACCCUCACACAACUAGGUUUUCAUACCCCCAGACCAGGGGCAGUGUCUACAGUGGAACUUAGGCCUGAGGACAGAACCGAAUUGCUUGUGUGACAGCACACCACUAUUGUCCCUGCACAAGUUGGCAUAUGAGCCUGCCCCAUUCAAAGACUCUGACUGAUCCAGUGCAGUUUGUCUGUAGCCCACAGCAAAUGGUCAAAAUGAGAUGGACAAGCUGCCUAUACAUUACAUCUUAACUGAAGUCAUCUUACCAAUGCUACUUAGAAAGUCCAAAAUAUGUAUGUACAUAUGCAUGUAAUAUGUGUAUGCUCUGUGUGUGCGUGUGUUUCAGUCACAAAGAGGGGCAGGGUUUCUGAUAAAGAUCUCCGAUGAGUGUAGUAGUAAUCUUCCCUUAGGAAAGUAAGUUUCAACUCCCCAGUUCAUGUGAUCGCAACUCUGUUUUGCCCACGUCAAAAACUGGGGGGUUUUUGGGUCCCCCCCUCCCAAGCUUUGUAAUUCUUCUAUUUUAGGUGUCUCAACAUGAAUAUUUGGGCACCUUCAUUCUUAUUUUCUUUUUUUUAUGGAAAAACAAUUUUUAAUACUUAGUUUUCAGAAAUGGCUCAGAAAUUGUGACACCAGCAUAUGCACAUUUGAGGUAAAAUUUGUAUAAAUCAGUAACUCACAGAAAUGAGAAAAAUGUUUUUAAAAAAUGUAUUCUACAUUAAGAAUUCCACAUUAUUGAAAAAUAUAUUCCAUUUCAGUGCUAUAGUACUUAUGCAAAUAUAGGUAAACUCUUUUACUAGAUGAACUUGAAAAAAUAGAUUGCUUAUAAUUAUGUAUCAACACACGUACCAACAAAAACAGUGCAACGGGUGCAGAAAGCACAUUAACUAUUGCUAUAGCUGUCUGGAGUAAACCAUAAUAUCAGGCUUAAAAAUCCCAACAAGGGUCAGGUUCAUUGUUUGUCCUUUCCAGCCUUUAUACAAGUAUGGCUGUCUCCCUGUGGACAAUUAUGAUCAGCUAACUACUAUUUUUGAAGUACCUGGUCAGUAUCAUUACCUGAUUAAGUAAAAUAUUAUUAUUAAUCAGAGCUCAUCAAAACUUUAAAAGCUAUUAAUGGUUUCAAGCAACUGAAAUAUCUAAGUCUGGAAGUAAAUGGCUAAUAAAUUUUUCCUUUAUUAGCAUAUAGCUACCAUAUACAUGUGUUACUAUCAAUGUUUUCAUAGGAUUAACAUGCUUGCGUUUUUCUGAAGAGCUGGAAUACAGGCUGUAUAUUAUAUACCUGAAACAUCAUCACACACUGCCAUUGUGACACAGCCCUGUGUAUGGGUAUUAAAAAUUUAGUGGCUGAUUUCAUGUUUCUGAAGUGAAUUGGACAUUUUCCAGAGGCUGACAUGGUAACAUGUGUAUUAUGUUGACAUGGCACACCACAAUCAUCUUCUUUUAUAAAGUUCACAGGCUUUUUUGUUGCCUUUUCCUGAAUGACCCUGAAGGUCCACGUGUUCUUUCAGGAGUCAAUCAUACUCCUUUGAAAGUCUGUCUGAUUGCACCUUCAUUAUUAUCACAUCAGUUUGAGCCUCAGAAAGGGCAUCUGAUGUCUUCUUUAAUUCCAUUUGCAGUCUUUCCUGGUCUUCUAAGAGUUUUCUGUUUUCUUCUUCCAAAAGAGUGUCCUCAUCCCUGCCACUUUUCUUUCAAGAUCUUUUUAAGUUUUUCAUUCUCUUCCAUAAAUUGUUUGGCAGCCUCAGAAGUACUUUCUGCUUGUUCUUUAAGUGCUGUUUUUAGUGUCAUUUCUUUUGCCAGCUGAGUUAUUAGGGUAACUGGACGUCUCAAUACUAACAACAACAACAACAGAAAAAAAAAAACCAAAAAAUCCAGAAAUGUGGCGAUUUCUCUGAGACCUAAAAAGUUUCAUCUAUGUAUGCUCCAAGGCACUAGGUUUUCCGGCUGAUCGCUUCUCAAUGGCAGGAGUAACGGAAGAUUUCCUUACUUCUCUUAUAGCAUCCAGAAAUAGAGUGAUCAAUAGGACUAUAACAGUAAGGAAAGCUUUGUUCCAGAAACUUGCGAUUUUACCCCAGAGACUGAAUGAAAAAAUCUGCCAUCUCUGCGGUGGGAUGAAGGGCAGACAGGAGAUCAGAAUGAGCCCUAUCUCGGCUUAAAGACAGAUUGCGACCACUGCCCACUGGAGGCUCAUUUUCCUUUCUCUUCACACCUGGCCCAGCUCCCUGCGCUGCUCCGCAGCCCACUGAUGCUCCGGACGUCACAGGCUGAGGCGCGGGGGGAAGGUGGGUGCUGCGCGCCCCACCCCCCUCAUUUUUAUUUUCAAUGUAGAUGUUCAAAAUUGAACUUCCGCCAAUCUGGGUACCCUUCCAUUUCAUCAUAUUUGUCAUUGUUUAGAAUUGUCCAGACUUCUACCUUGUGUUUGCACACUGUUACUUGAGAUUAAGAGACUAGGUGAAAACUGUCUGGUACUGUUUCUGUGACAAAUAUCAGUGCCUUAAUGAUGUGACUGUCCUUUUUCUUGGGAAAAGGAGAGUUUGAUCUAGAAAUGGCAUUGCUGUUUCACUGCUGUUGGUUUCACAUUCCCUGCCACCAUUGCAACAGCAACUUGAUUCUUUACUGUGAUACGGGAAUUUUCAGAGAGGCUGAGUGCCACGUGCAUUGUCAGUACGAACCAGUGCUCCUCAAACUCGAGGGUGCCUCAGAGUUCCCUGGGUGGGGGAGGGACUUGUUAAGCUAUCAGCUGUGUAGUGGUUCACCUGUGCACAGGUGUACGCGUGCAUAUGCGAAAAGCAUUGGCCACGAUGGCGCAGGGGGUGCAGGCAGGAUCUGAGCAGGAGGAAUGCGAGCCCAUGCCCACUGUGGUACUUUUUUGUCCCAAACACCUGCAGAGUUUCCUAGGUUUCAAAAUCAUGUUAAAUGUUUACUUGAAGGGAAUGGGGAGGUAUUUUAAACUUUCGUUUCUUUAUGUCUUUCUUGGUUUCAAGAUUAUGGGUAGGGUUGUUUUUUGUUUUUUGUUUUUUUUUUAAAUCUUGCGUUAGCUUUGAUAUUCAAAGAACUCUCUUGCCACUUCAGUUGUAAAACCAGCCCAAAGUUACCAGAUGAAGAUCAAGUUUGACCCUUCUGGGGUCAUUGUACAUAAUGGCUUCAUCCCAAAAUCGUCCUGUGUCUGUGAGCAAACCGAGAAAUGACACGCACAAGCACAACUCUUUGGAUGUGGCAGUUCUCCUUUGUCAGCGUGCAAACUUUCACCGAAAGCUGCUAUUUCCAUCCUCCUUGUACUUGUUCUCCUUGUUUCUCUUCCAUUGUACAUAUGGGUUUACCAUGUGUUAAAUAUGCAAUAAAGUGUUUACCGGAUGCCCGUCUGUAGGGUGGUCCUUUGUAAAGCUGUAUAGACUUUGCAGUUAAAGCACAAUGUGCCCAUGUUAGUUUUAUAUACAGCGAAACUUGAUUUUUUGCAGAUGGAAAGGUAUUUUGUUUCUAUACAAAGUAAAUGAAUUGUUUGUGCUUAAUGUAAAGCUGCUUUAUAAAAUUGUAAAAUAAAGUUUUUAUCUUAAAGAGAUA